AUGGCAUGGGAUUUGGAAGAAUGCAUUAGUCGUGCACAGAAACGAGAACUUUUGCCAGAGAAUUACAUCAAAGAGUUGUGUGCCAAGGCCAAAGAAGUUCUAGUUCAGGAAGGCAAUGUGCGCGAGGUUCAGGCUCCAGUCACCAUUGUAGGAGAUGUUCAUGGGCAGUUUUAUGACCUGUUGGAGAUCUUCCGCAUUGGGGGGUUUUGUCCAAACACAAACUAUGUCUUUCUGGGUGAUUAUGUGGAUCGUGGUUAUUAUUCUGUCGAAACCAUCACAUUACUGAUGUGUUUGAAGCUCAGAUAUCCAGAUCGAGUCACUCUUGUUAGAGGAAAUCAUGAAAGUCGCACUGUUACUCAGACAUAUGGCUUUUAUACUGAAUGCUUGGAAAAGUAUGGUAGUGCCAAUGUAUGGUCGUAUUUCACCGAUUUGUUUGAUUACUUGGUACUUGCUGUUGUUAUUAGCGACUCUAUUCUGUGUGUUCAUGGAGGUCUUAGUCCAUCCCUUCAUACAUUGGAUCAAAUUAGAGUAAUUGAUAGAUUCAGAGAAAUACCACAUGAUGGACCCAUGGCAGAUUUGGUUUGGUCAGACCCAUUUCAGUCUAGCAAACUUGAUGACAGCGGUGGUUUUGCUAUAUCUCCACGAGGAGCUGGCUACGUAUUUGGAGAAGAUAUCACACGUCGAUUUUUGGAAAUCAAUUCUCUUGGACAUAUUUGCAGAGCACACCAGCUUUGUAUGGAAGGAUACCAAAUACUAUUUGACGACAUGCUUUCAACUGUUUGGUCAGCACCCAACUACUGUUAUAGAGUGGGGAAUAUGGCAUCGGUACUGGAAGUAGGACCAAAUUUGGAGCGCUUUUUUAAUACACUUGCACAAUAUUUCACAUAA